CUAACAUUCUCUUUAGAAUUUGGGGUAUAAAUAUGUCCCUAGUUCUUUCCUCACCUCAAACAAACCCUUCCUUGUUUUCCCCAUAGGCUUCUCAAUUUACAGGAGAUAAGAUGGAGUCUGUUGCAGCUUUUCAUGAUGGACCUUGGGACUCAUUUAACAUAAUGUUCUCCAAUGAAGAUCAUCUGGAUUUCACACACCAGGUUCUUAAUCAGUUUUCGUUUCCGCUGGAGCAUGACGAGCGGUUGAGCUUCAUAAAUCCGUCGACUUUUGCUCCUAAUCUUGAAGCCGAUAUGAGCAUUGCUGGGGUCAGUCAGAGUUUGUUUAGUUCUUCCAAUGCUCUCGACUCUCAUUUUCACUACAAAACUCAGGAAAGUAAUCAAAGUAGCAAUUCUAGCAGUAAUACCUUUGUUCCCCUUCCAAAUUAUGAAACCUCUUUCCUUGGUGGUUCUAGUCAUAUGGCUGUAACAAAUGAUAUCACCAUGUCCUUGGAUAUUCAAAUGGACAUUGGCGGGGGGAGUGAUAAAAUUACUGACUCGUUUCCCCCAGCAUUCCCCAACAUAGCAAUGGAUGACACGGUUAACGUCAUCGAAGACUCGAGCACCGACUGCUUACCAAAAUUAGAUGGCGGCUAUCCAGCUGACAGUGCUGUGCUUGCCGACGAAAUUCUGCUCAAGAGGCAGUUUGAUGUGCUGGAACUGCAUGAUGAAGGGGAUAAAAUCAGUACCUAUUCAUCUGAGACCACAAAGAAAAGACCUCGGGUUUCAAAAGAUGCGGCAAAAGCUUGGAACAAUGUGCAAUUGAAGAAGAACAAUUUAAAUGGCAGUGAAGAGAGUACCAUUGGUUCGGAUGGACAGAGUUCUAGCACCUCAAGUUCAGAUGAUGAUAAUGUUUGUCGGGACACUAAUGAGGUGGCACUGGCAACUUCAGAUCCCAAAGCAUCUCAAGCUGUUGACUUAAAUGGAAAGAAAAGAGCCAGUAGAGGGUCUGCAACUGAUCCCCAAAGCCUCUAUGCAAGGAAGAGAAGAGAAAGGAUAAAUGAGAGAUUGAGAAUUUUACAGAACCUUGUCCCCAACGGAACUAAGGUUGAUAUCAGCACAAUGCUUGAAGAGGCUGUUCACUAUGUGAAGUUCUUGCAGCUCCAAAUCAAGCUUUUAAGCUCUGAUGAACUGUGGAUGUAUGCUCCCAUUGCUUACAAUGGCGUUGAUAUCGGUCUCAACGACAAAAUCUGCACUCUUUUGUUACCCUCGAAGAUGCAGCUUGGUUAAUUUGACGACAAAUUUUCAAAAACAAAAUAAAAAAAUAAAUUAAUAUUAUAUAUACUGGCUGACUUGUAGUAUUGAGAAAUGUGAAUGAAAAUUAAUUACAUUUUUUGAUCAGGAGGAGU